AUGGUCGCUAAGUUCGUCAUCGUCCUUGCUCUGGCUGUGGCUGCCUCAGCCCUGCCUUUGGUCCCCGUUGCCAAAAUCGCAUACGCCGAACAAGAAGCCCCUGCUCACUACGAAUUCCAGUACUCCGUGCAUGAUGAGCACAGUGGUGACGUAAAACAGCAACAGGAGUCCCGCGCCGGAGACGCCGUGCACGGCUCCUACUCUCUGGUGCAACCCGACGGCGUGCACCGCAUUGUCGAGUACACCGCUGACAAGGAGAAUGGAUUCAACGCCAACGUGCGUUACGAAGGACAACCCAUUCCCGCUCCUGCUCCUGCCAAGAUCGCGUACGCCGCUCCCGCUAAAGUCGCGUACUCUGCACCCAUCACCAAGGUAGCCUAUUCUGCCCCCGUCGCAUAUGCUGCUCCCGUAGCCAAGUUUGCCUACUCUUCUCCUGUUGCCUACUCUGCUCCCGUAGCCAAGGUUGCUUACUCUUCCCCCGUUGCCUACGCCGCUCCCGUCGCGAAGGUUGCCUACUCUGCACCUCUUACCCAAGUCAGUUUCUCAUCCCCCGUCAUCUCCUACCACCAUUAA